CUCACUCCUUUCAUCGUUACGUUUCGUGAAGGCACUCUGACUUAUAUAGACAUCAAAACCUUCAUUGAAAUCGGCUUGAAAAUAGUCAGAUUCACAAUGUCACGUGUAACCACCACAGAUAAAUUAAAAAUGCUUGCAAUGCUGGAUGAUGCUGUGAAGUCGUACUGCGAAAAGUAUAACGUCACGGCGUGGCCCAUAGCAAUAUCUAUUGAUAUACCAAACGCUUGUAUUCGAACAGGAGUAUUAUCCGAGGAAAUAAAUGAUGCUCAUUUAAUUUUGAAAGAAAAUAUGAUAAUAGAAUUAACUAGUAAUGCAAAUUAUAAAACUAAAUGUGAUUCAAAAAGAAUAUACAUGGACGAUCCGUACACGGUUAAAAAAAUAACACCCGGAACGGAAAUCUCGAUACGUUUCGGGCAGAUAGUAUUGAUAUGCACUGAAUUAAUUGAUUCUGAAACUAUAGUAUGUAAAGUCAUAAGAGGAGGCACAAUGGGAAGCGAGGCUUUCGUAUGUAUUCGCGGCAUAAAGCUGGAGAGACCUCCCCUAUUGGAAACAGAUAUGGAAUUACUAAUGUUUGCGAGAAAGUUUAAGGUUGAUAUAGUAACUUUAAAUUCUAUAAGAUAUGCAAGAACAGUAAAAAGAACUAGGGAAUUCCUUAAGUCAGAAGCGUACAAUCCGUUGAUUAUAAGUACUAUUUGUGAACAAGAGGGUUUGGAUAAUUUCGACGAAAUUUUAAAGGCAUCUGACGCAAUAAUAUUGGCAAGAGAAUUCCUCGCCAGUAAUAUAGUUAACAAACAUCAGAUGAUCGCAAUACAACUAAAACUAAGCGCAAAGUGUCACCAAAUGGGAAAACCCUUUUUCAUAUCUGGGAAUAUACUAGAAGACACAAUGCUUAAAGGUGUUAUAUCAAACUGCGACUUAAACGACAUCACUAAUGCCGUCUUACAAGGAGCCGGUUUCGUAUUGAAAAAUUAUAAAGAUCCAACGAAUUUGGUCAAGACAAUUAAUAUUUUGGAUUCGGUUUGUCGAGCGGUUGAGCCUUUGUCCAAAACUAAUGACUUUUGGAGAUUGUCAAACGAAUUCAAAAUACCUGUUAACGCAGCCGAAGCUUCUAUACUAGCAUGUGCAUUAAUGGCCCAACAAACUCAGUCACUAGUAGUUAUAAUACCGACUGUAACUGGGAGAACGGCAGUGCAUCUGUCCCGGGUAGCUCCUCAAGCAAUCAUACUAACUGUCAGUACCAAUCCAGUUAUAGCUAGACAACUCCAAUUGUACAGAGGAAUCGUUGCUAUUAUAUAUGACAAUAAGCCUUUAUCUGAUUGGUACGACGAAAUGAGCGCUCGGGUCCAAUUCGCUGUGAGGUUCGGUAUCAAACACGAUCUCCUCAAGUACGGCUGUACUUACAUUUGCUUAAAGAAGUCCACUCCAACCAGCUCGUUUUGUGAUAAUAUUAGUCUGUGGAAAGUAGUCACUGAGGAGACAGAGAAACAUAGCAAAACGGAAGUUAUAUUCCGCUCCCCCUUUGAACAUCGAAGAAGUCCAAUUUUUGUUACUUUGUCCAAUCCCAAUACCACAUUAGUUGACAUACAAAAGCUAAUGGAAGCCGGAAUAAAUUUGAUCAGAUUUAAAAUGUCGCACAUUACUAAAGAAGAUAAGAUUCAACUUCUAGCAAAAGUUGAUAAAGCUGCAAAAAUGUUAUCACAAAAACAUGGGACUUCAGAUUGGCCUGUCGCCACCGCUGUGGAGUUGAAAACAUGUAUCAUGAAAACUGGGAUACUUCAAAAUCAACAAGAAUACUUACAUUUAAAGGAAGGUGCGACCGUUACAUUGACUUGCGAUGUCGAAGAUUACAACGCUUGCACAAACCAAUAUAUUUUCGUUGACAAUCCAUACUUAACGACAGACGUUAAUGUCGAUACGGAAAUAUCUAUAGAUCAAGACGAAAUAAUAUUACAAUGUAAAAUGGUCCUUAAUGAAAAGUCAAUGAAGUGCAUUGUAACCAAAAGCGGGAAAUUGGGAAAUUUGUGUCAAGUAUGUAUUAGAGGUGGCCAACAUACUCAGCCGUAUGUAACCCAAAAGGACUUGCGUAUUGUACAAUUCGCUAUGGAAUAUCAGGUGGAUAUGAUCAUAGUGAAUUAUUCCCGACACGCGGAUUCUAUCAAGAAAAUAAAAGAGUUUAUUGGAUGCAAAAUAAAGAAACCUAUUCUUAUAGCUGGAAUUUGUACCAGGGAAGGUCUGGAGAACAUCGAUGGCCUCAUACGGGAAUCAGACGGAAUAAUGUUGUCACGGGAAUAUUUGGCUUAUGAAUUGACUGGAGCUUUGAGUUACAAAAUGAAUCAAAUACAAAAAUUUGUAGGAGCGAAAUGUCUUAAGGUAGGUAAACCAUUCUAUAUAUCUGGUGGGAUAUUUCGCCAAGCGCUCACAAACGGUAAGCUGUGCGAUCAUGAUGUAUCUGACGUAACAAACGCUGUUCUGGACGGCGUGGUUGGCUUCGUUCUGAGAGAAUGCGACAAUGCAGACACCCUACUCUAUGUGGUUAACUCAUUGAGUGAUCUUUGUCGUUCUGUGGAACCCCUUGUUAAUGUACGCAGUGAAUUUUGGAGAAUGCUGGAAGAGUUAAAAAUUCCAACAAAUGCAGCAGAAGCAGCCGCAUUGGCUUGUGUCGCUCUAGCUAAUCACACCAACGCCGGUGCUAUAAUAUUGCCGACGGUCUCUGGAAGGACGGCCAAGUCUCUGCUUUGGAUACGACCUAACUGUGUCGUUAUCACUGUCAGUAAUAAAACGAGUACAAUACGCUUAUUGUCCACCUAUCGCUGUGUGGUCUCACUAAUGUAUAAUGAUACACCCCAUACGAACUGGUCAAUUGAAAUGGAAAGAAGAACGAAUUUCGCAUUAGAACACGCUGUUAAGAAAGGGUGGCUCCGUUUUAAGGACAUUUACAUAAUAUUACAGAAGUAUUCGGAUGUGAGCUCAUUCUGUGACGUCAUCAAAGUUAGCAGCGUCAACAUUUAUAAAAAAACAAUGGUCGAAUGUGAUGACUAUGAAGCAAUUUAA